GGUGAACAAAACUUACCGCACACCUCUAUCCGCCUAACUAUACAUACAAAUAUUUGUUUAUACGUAUUUUUGCUUCCUCCGUCUCCAGAUCGUUGUCAUAUUUGUAUUUUUGUGCAAUUGAAUUUGGGGAAUUAGUUGUGUAGAUUAUUAAUUUGAUUGAUUACGAGUAAUUUAUUUAGUUGUGAAUUGAAAUGGCCGCGUUUGCGGCGUGUAAGAGGAUUAUACAAUUGAGCCCUAAAUCAGGAGGGAUCAAUUUGGCUGUUUUGAGAGGCUUGCAAGUUUGUACCAAUCCAACAAUUUCGUCUUCGUUGUUUCAUUCAGUUCAUGCUCCGCGUCAUAUUAGUCAGCUUGUUCAAUCCAAUGGCAAGCGUGUCUUCCUUGUUGACACUUUAGCCCUGGUUCGGAGAUUAGAAGCACAAGGUGUGCCAUCGAAGCAAGCUGAGGCGAUUACAGCUUCUAUUACGGAAGUUUUGAAUGAUACCUUGGAAAAUGUGGCUCAGUCGUUUGUAUCAAAGGCUGAAAUGCAGAAGGUUCAAAUGACUCAUGAUGCUAAUCUUGCCAAGUUCAAAUCUGAAGUAACUAGUUCGCAGGGACAUCACUUUUCAAUGUUGCAACAUGAGGCUGAGAAACUCAAGGUUGAUAUAGAAAAGAUGCGGAGUGAAUUGAGGUACGAAAUUGACAAAGUCACUGCUGGGCAACGGUUGGAUCUGAAUCUUGAAAGAGGGAGAAUUCGAGAUGAACUGGCAAAUCAGGGACAAGAAACUUCCAACCUCACUAACAAACUUGAUCGUGAAAUUCAUGCACUUAGGGCUCAGGUAGAAGCAGCAAAGUACGAUAUAGUAAAGUACUGCAUAGGUACUCUUGUAUCUAUUUCUGCUGUUGGUCUGGCAGUAAUUCGCAUAUUAAUGUAAACCUGGUGGAUUUUAAAGUCAAUGUUGGAUAAAUUCAUAGAAACAAAAGAAAACAAAAAAGAGAAGGAUGAAAUAUUGAGUUUUUACUAUAGGACUUUGGUUGCUGACUGAGAGAGAAAAUUGUACCACACUGUAACUACAGCAUAAGAAUUGAUUCAACUAUUAAGAAUCCCCUUAUGCUUGAAGAGACUUUCCCAAUGUCUGUUUCUUAUGUUUCUUCUUGUAUUUUAUAUGCUUAUUAGAUCAAGUUGUUAUAAAGUAGCAGUGUGGAACACAAAAUCAGAAAAUGUAAACAUUUUUCUCUUAUUUUAUUUUAAAGCUAUACAAAUGUAUCACUUGAUUUGUAA